CCGAUAGUGAGCCUGGCUCCGCCUGGAGCGACGCGCCCUCUUCUGGGCUGCUUCCCUCCACCGCACCGCACAGGCCGGGAAGGAGUGUGAGCCCGUCCCCACCCAAGAAUGUCUCCUCCACAGGCUUCAUGCUGGGCACAGGGGACCCCGGUCUGCACUCAGGCAUCCAUCGUAGCAAAGGAGGACGACAAGGUAGGCAGUGCCAGUUCAGAGUGCCAGAUGUCACACGGCCAGUGCAGCAAUUUCUCCCUGUGCCAUGACCAGAACCACCUCAAGAUAAAUGAAUUUCCCUGGAAGGAUGUUGCCAAUGCCUUGUCCCUGGGUAACAUGGUCCUGGGGCUCUUCUCCAUCUUUUGCAGCUUCAGCAGGAAAUCUCACUGUGCCUCCUGGAUGCUUCUGAUGAGCUUCCUGUUGGACAUGGAGGUAGGGGCGCUGACCAGACACCUUAACAUCUGCUGCAAAACAGGAGCCAAGCUGAAUGACUUUGCUGUCUUCAUCACCUUCGGCUUGGCCUCGGGCCUGCUCCUCGGUGUGGAUGGGCCUCUGAAUGGGUUCGUGGCCAUCAUCUAUGUGUUAACCACUUCUUUCUGCGUGUGUUUUUAUUCAUCUGGAGUUCCCUUCUCUUACAGGGGCCUACCCUGCCCCUAUGCUUCCUGUGUUUUGGCUUCCAUCUCCCUGCUGACCAAAGGCAACACAUUCAUUCUCUGCUGCAUGGCCUUACUCAUGAUUCUGUUCAUGAUAGAGCAGAGCUACUACCCACGAGAUGAUGUCCUGGAGUCUGAGAACUGGAAAAAAGUGGUUUAUGUGGGAGGUGUCACCAUGCUGUUUUUCUCCCCAUUUUCCCUCACUGCUUUUUACUGCCUGAUGUGGUCGCUGUCCUAUAUCUUCUUCCCGCAUGCGCUGUGGGGCAGGGCAGACUGCCUGAAGCUCUAGCAUGAAGGAAACCACAGCUCUACCAAGCCCAGUGGGCUCUGUGCCAGCAUGUGGGGCCGAGCCUUGCUUCAUAUCACUAAAGCUCUCCUUGUGCCUGA